UGCCGCGCGCCGCUCCGUGAGGCAGCGACUGCCGCCGCGCUCCGGGAGCUGUGAGCCGGAUGGGAGGCGAGUCGUGAAAGUUGGCUCCGAACUUCCUGACGGGACUUUACACAACUUCAGGCCGCGGCGGGCUGCGCCAUCACCUGCGGAGCUCCGGGACCGAGAGUUUCGUGUGCUGAAAGAGCGUCUGUGACCUCAGGCGGUGUGCUGAACGCGGACCAUGCCCAGCAGGAUGGGCUCGAAAGGCAAUUUGAACAAAGACAUCAUCAGGGUAAAGGCGCACUACAGUGGAGACAUCCUGAUAACUAACUUGGAUGCAUCCAUAAGCUAUGAUGAGCUUUGUGAUGAAGUGCGUGAGAUGUGUAGUCUGCAACAGGAGCAGCCAAUUACCCUCAAGUGGAUUGAUGAUGAAGGUGACCCAUGUACCAUCUCAUCCCAGAUGGAAUUGGAAGAAGCCUUCCGUUUGUAUUGCCAGAACAGAGAGGAAGGGCUGAUCAUUCAUGUUUUCCCAAGUAUUCCAGAGAAACCCGGCAUGCCUUGCCCAGGAGAAGACAAAUCAAUCUACCGACGUGGAGCCAGAAGAUGGAGGAAGCUGUACCGAGUGAAUGGGCAUUUGUUUCAAGCCAAACGUUUUAACAGAAGAGCAUACUGUGGCCAGUGCAGUGAAAGGAUAUGGGGUCUCAGCAGGCAAGGCUACAAGUGUAUCAACUGCAAAUUGUUGGUCCAUAAACGUUGUCACAUACUUGUUCCACUGACCUGCAAAAGGCAUAUGGAUUCGGUCAUGCCUUCCCAGGAACCUCAGUUAGGUGAUAAAAAUGAUGAAGUUGACCUCCCUUCAGAAGAAAAUGAUGGAAUUCCUUACAUUCCCUCAAACCGGAAGCAUGACAGCAUUAAAGAUGACUCUGAGGAUAUCAAACCAGUCAUUGAUGGAAUGGAUGGAAUUAAGAUUUCUCAGGGGCUUGGGCUACAGGACUUUGAUUUAAUCAGAGUUAUUGGACGUGGAAGCUAUGCCAAAGUUCUUCUAGUUCGGUUAAAAAAGAAUGAUCAAAUCUAUGCGAUGAAAGUAGUGAAAAAAGAAUUGGUCCACGAUGAUGAGGAUAUUGAUUGGGUACAGACAGAGAAACAUGUGUUUGAACAGGCAUCCAGCAACCCAUUCCUGGUUGGUUUACAUUCCUGCUUUCAAACAACGAGUCGAUUAUUUCUUGUCAUAGAGUAUGUAAAUGGAGGAGACCUUAUGUUUCAUAUGCAACGGCAGAGAAAACUUCCUGAAGAACAUGCAAGGUUUUAUGCUGCUGAAAUUUGUAUUGCUCUGAACUUCCUACAUGAAAGAGGCAUAAUCUACAGAGAUUUAAAACUAGACAAUGUUCUUUUAGAUGCAGAGGGUCAUAUCAAAUUAACAGAUUAUGGCAUGUGCAAGGAAGGAUUGGGCCCUGGUGACACUACGAGCACUUUCUGUGGAACACCAAAUUACAUUGCACCAGAAAUCCUAAGGGGCGAAGAAUAUGGGUUCAGCGUGGACUGGUGGGCUCUUGGUGUAUUGAUGUUUGAAAUGAUGGCAGGAAGGUCUCCGUUUGAUAUCAUUACUGACAAUCCAGACAUGAACACUGAAGAUUACCUCUUCCAAGUUAUCCUUGAGAAGCCAAUCCGGAUUCCAAGGUUUCUUUCUGUCAAGGCCUCCCAUGUGUUAAAAGGAUUUUUAAACAAGGAUCCCAAGGAAAGGCUUGGUUGUCAGCCACAAACAGGGUUUUCUGAUAUCAAGUCUCACACGUUUUUCCGCAGCAUAGACUGGGAUCUGCUGGAAAAGAAGCAAACAACCCCUCCAUUUCAGCCUCAGAUCACAGAUGAUUAUGGUCUGGACAACUUUGAUACGCAGUUCACCAGUGAACCUGUGCAGCUAACCCCAGAUGAUGAAGAUAUAAUAAAACGAAUAGACCAGUCAGAAUUUGAAGGAUUUGAAUAUAUUAAUCCAUUGUUGCUGUCAACGGAAGAAACAGUAUGAGGGAAAGGCAUCUUUGCUGUGGACGAUGUGAAUGACCUUAAAUUUAUACUUACCUACAGUAUAUGCAUGCGAGGCUGGGAACUGUAAGAUUCUGGAUGGAGACCAAUGAUUUAAAAAAAAAUUGCUGCUGAAAAUCAAAGAAGAGAAUAAUGAUUUUGGUGGGUGUCUUACCACCACUAAGUUAUUCUUAAAUUCUGGGCACUGACACAACUGGCUUCAUUAAUGAAGGAAUUUACAUUUUGUGCCUAUUUCAUGAAGGAUUGAAACACUCAUUGCAUCUCUGGGAAAGGAGUUUCUGGACAAGUUUGAGAACUGCACGCUUUCUACAAACAUUUGAUGCAAUGAGUUCCAGUUGAAGAAUAUUAGUGUAACAUCCUGAAGAAUAAAAUAUAUUACGGUGGUGUUGAAGCUUAUUUUUGAUGCCUUUUUUCACAAGUGGUACCUGUCUAAACGUCUCAGAUGUAUUUAAAAGGAGUUGUGUUUUAUUAGCAAUCAAAACAUAAGUUUGGGUACAAGAUUUAAGUGCCUAAAUGGAUAAACUGCAUUGAAGAGUUGUUACAUAUUUGGAGCGUUCUUAAACCUGGUAAGUUCUGCUUGUUAAUAUUCAAGUAAUCAUUUACAUAUAAACAUGGUUCACAGCUGCAACCUAAUGUUCACUUGUUUCUUUGUAGAAUUUGACAUGUGGAGUGACUCAGCAAUAUUAAUUCCGAGUUAAAUUGUAUAGUAUCAGUUUCCAAAUCUGUUGUUUUAAAUUCCAAAUCUACCAAAAUGUAUCAAUUGAAGAAAACUAAAUUUGCACAGGAAGGAUUUCUGGAAAUAUUGAAGCAGUGCCUACACCUACAGUGAUAUUGUGUACCAGAUCUUUGGAAAGUGUUCUCAUCAACAGCACGAAUACUCAGAAACAGAGAGGAAGCAUUAAUAAUAAAGCAUAGCCUUAAAGUUUAAAUAGUGACUCUAGAAUAACCAUAGCAGUCAGCUUUCCUGAUAAAGCACACCUCCUGCUUAUGAUAAACUGUCUGCUUACGAUUGCUCAGUGCAUAUUAAUAAACUAAUCAUUCUACAUAAAAGAAUGGGAUGUUUUGGUAAAAAUGGUUUGCAUCCAAGUAGUAACUUCUUUUUAAUUGAAGAACAAAGCAUAGCCAAGAACUUGAGUACACAACAGUAACUGUCAAACCCCUUCCUGUAGAAAUGGGGUGGGCUGGGGGACAGGGAAGGUGGGGAAAGGUGUGUGUUCCAUCCAGGUCAGUUACCAGCUUGGAAAAGCUCUGUCACUACGAAUGGGAAUUGGUGUGCAUUGCUAUCUGAAAUGUCAGAUGCUUGUGAGGACUCACCUGCCUCUAAAGCAACAACGUGAGGCACUAUUUCUUUUUGCUGGGUUUUUGGUUUGCUAUAUGGUGUGGGUUGUAAAUACAAAACAGGAAAUAUUGAGAAACCCUGUGCCAUGUCAUCUCGCCUAAUUUGGUGUAAACUGCAGGACAAAAUGCAACACUCUCACUUUCUUUGUAUUAACAUCUGGUUUUCUCAGGGUACAGCAUUGCAUUAGGUGCUGAACAUGACAUCUUUUGGAUUCACAUCCAAGUCAUGAGGUGCUAGGAUGAGACUGCCAAAACAUUGUUUAAAACUUUCAAUUAACCAUUAACAGUCCACAUUUUGUAUCCCUUCAUUAGCAACAAUUAUGCAGAUGUGUGGUUUAGUUCUAUUAAUCCCAUUCAGAUCUAAGUUGUGGGUUUCUCUCAGUUGACUGUAGCUUUUUGUAUUAAGCAAGAUGUGUUUUAAUCAGCACUAAAUAAUUUAACCAGUAAGAAGUACUUGCCUCAAAUGCCUGGAUUUUAGAUACUUUAUCUAGAAGACAAAAUCUUUUAAAUCUGUCAUUUUCAGAUUAUUUUUUUCUUCUCCUUGUCAACUGCUUUGUUUACCCUGAAAACUUUUUGUUUCAGUUCCCCUGGUUAAACAGCUGAUCAAUAGCUACACUAGCGACUGCAGGCAGCUCAUGAAAGGAAACGGGGCAGAUGAAGCUGUCCUCUGAUGUGCUGAGGCAUAGAACUUGAAAGAUUAUAAAUGUGAUUUGUUGGUUUUUGUUUUUUAAACGUGUUCCUGGGUGGCCAGAACAUUUUUGGGAGGGAGGGAAGGCAGAACAGAGACGUAUCUGCUGAACAAACAUUGUAAAGAACACUUGAUUUAUUUAAAAACUUACAGGCAUUUACAAUGUUGCUGUGUUGCCAAAUAGUUUGCUGGAUACAAGUUUGGUUGCUCAUGUGCAAGUGUAUGAAUAAUGUUCUGUUCAUAAUGAAGGGGAAAUUUUUUAUAUAAAGUACUUGUUUUAUAAAUAAAAGAAAAUGAAGGAUGUAAUGUGUGGUUUAAAAAAAAUCCUAAUAUAUUGCAAAUGGAUCUGGUUAUGAUAUAUAGUUGUCUUAUUUGAAAUAGUAAAUGAAAAUUCUAGCUAAUAUAAUGAUUGUAAAACAGUAAAUAUGUUCUUGUAGUUUUGUAUAAUUAAUUAGUUGGGAUCUUUGACCAGUUUUAUUUGUGCAGAAGAUGGUAUACUAAUCCAUAACAGCUAAGAUCAUUUAUAUUCUUGCACAUCUAUUAAAGACUUUAAUGAAAAA